ACAAAAUUUCAUCAAUAACGACGUUCGAGUUUGAUUUUUUUCAUUUUCUCUCUCUUUCGUCCAUCGUCGGCGCGGUGCGAUAAAGAAAUAAAUUUCGGUCGUUUCUCUCGUCCCAUCUUAUUCACAUGACCGAAUUAAUUAUACCUAACUAUGGUGGUCGUUAAACAAUGCGAAGCCGUGAAAACGCUGGUGUUAUUACUUAUUUCGAUGUUGAUCUUAAUUGCAGAUGUAUCGUCGAUAGCAGCUAUUGGAUCAGAAAGCUCAUCUGCAAAUGUGGUCAACAAUGAAAACACCAAGAAUAUCUCACCUCCGGUUAAAUUCCCCGAAUCUAGACCGAAUAGAACGUCCAUUCAAGGACCUCCUAUAAUACAUUUGGGAAGUCUUCUGAACGGCACUCAUCAAACUGCUUUCAAUAAGAUCAAGAAACAAAUCGGUGAAAUAGGGAUGCAUAAUCUACCUCAAACAAUGACUGUGAUAUUAAAUGAUAAUGAUACUCAACAUGAUACUCAUAAUACAAGUUAUACAGACUUGAAUCAUAACUCUACCAAUGAAUCUGCAAAUAGCACCGCUUCGAGUCAACUCCAAGCUAAAAGCGUUAAAUUGUAUAAUAACGAAUUAUCCAAGAAGACCACCAUUAUUUUCCUAGUCUCUGUAGCUCUCGUAUCAACUUUCUUUUAUAUUUUGUUGGUUUCGUUGAGGAAGAUUUUAGAACGCAAGUACGGAGAUAAAGAGUUACUAGUCCAGAACGAAUUGAAAGUGGAAGACUUCUAUUAGACCUAAUUACUUAUGACCAUAGAGUGAUUAUUUAUUCGAUUGUUUAUACGAAAUCACCAAAUAAAAAUAACCAUAAUGUGAA